CUCCUUCAGCACAAUUUUAGACAAGAAUUGAAGGAAACUUUGUAAUUACAUUUUGGGGAGUAUCCAGAAUCAGAAUUAGAGAUGGCAGGGCAACAAUUAGGAGUGCUGAAUGCACUCGAUGUUGCAAAGACACAGUGGUACCAUUUCACAGCAAUUGUGAUUGCUGGCAUGGGAUUUUUCACAGAUGCCUAUGAUCUUUUCUGCAUCUCCCUUGUCACCAAGUUGCUUGGGAGGAUAUACUACACAGAUAUAAAAGAUCCAAAGCCUGGUGUUCUGCCUCCAAAUGUUCAAGCUGCUGUGACAGGUGUCGCGCUAUGUGGCACUCUAGCAGGCCAGCUUUUCUUUGGUUGGCUUGGUGACAAGAUGGGAAGGAAGAGGGUCUAUGGACUAACCCUCAUGCUCAUGGUGGUUUGUUCCAUUGCCUCUGGCCUCUCUUUCGGAUCUAGCGCGAAGGGUGUUAUAGCAACCCUUUGUUUCUUCAGGUUCUGGCUUGGCUUUGGGAUUGGUGGCGACUACCCUCUUUCGGCUACAAUCAUGUCUGAGUAUGCCAAUAAGAAGACAAGAGGAGCCUUCAUUGCUGCGGUGUUUGCUAUGCAAGGAUUUGGGAUCCUUGCUGGUGGAAUUGUGGCCUUGAUUGUCUCAUCUUCAUUUGACCAUCACUACAAGGUCCCUACUUAUAAAGAAAAUCCACAAGCAUCAUUGGUGCUGCCUGCAUUUGAUUAUGUUUGGCGCAUCAUCUUGAUGUUUGGUGCUGUGCCGGCUGCUCUGACUUACUACUGGCGUAUGAAGAUGCCUGAGACGGCUCGUUACACAGCUCUUGUUGCCAAGAAUGCUAAACAAGCCGCCUCGGACAUGUCCAAGGUGCUACAAGUUGAUCUUGAAGCUGAGGAGGAGAAGGUGAAAGAAAUUACAGAGAGUCAAACCCAAAAGUUUGGCUUGUUCAGCAAGGAAUUUGCCAAGCGCCACGGCUUGCACUUGUUGGGAACCACAACCACUUGGUUCUUGUUGGACAUUGCUUUCUACAGUCAGAAUCUAUUCCAGAAGGACAUUUUCAGUGCCAUUGGAUGGAUCCCACCUUCCCAAAAUAUGAACGCAAUCCAUGAGGUUUAUAGAAUUGCAAGAGCACAAACACUCAUUGCACUAUGCAGUACUGUACCAGGGUACUGGUUUACAGUGGCCUUCAUCGAUUACAUGGGACGAUUUGCCAUCCAAUUGAUGGGUUUCAUCUUCAUGACAAUCUUCAUGUUCGCACUCGCCAUACCAUAUGAUCACUGGACUAAGAAAGAGAACAGAAUUGGGUUUGUAGUGAUGUACUCACUGACCUUCUUCUUCUCAAACUUUGGUCCCAACGCAACCACAUUUGUUGUCCCAGCGGAGAUUUUCCCAGCGAGAUUGAGGUCUACUUGUCAUGGAAUCUCAGCAGCUGCAGGUAAAGCCGGAGCCAUUGUAGGUGCAUUCGGAUUCUUGUAUGCUUCGCAAAGCAAGGACCCGAAGAAGACUGACAAGGGAUACCCAACUGGUAUCGGUGUCAAGAACUCCCUCAUUAUGCUUGGUGUCAUCAACUUUUUGGGAAUUAUAUUCACCUUGUUGGUGCCAGAAUCAAAGGGAAAAUCACUGGAAGAGUUGAGUGGGGAGAAUGAAGAUGAAGGUGCUGAGGCUAUUGAGAUGCAAGGAUCUGCUAGGACAGUUCCAGUUUAAUCAAAGUGUUUAAAAAGUAUAUGCUUUUUGUUGUAAUGUGAAAAUUUUAAUUUCUGAUAUUCUCCACUGUAAGAUGCAUAAUAAUUAUGUAGAUAUUUGCUUUUGUGUGUGAACAUUUCAAAUUCAAUGUCAUUGAAGAGGGUUCAUCAUGUGUUUCAAUCUUUUUAA